AUGAUUUCUUUUAUGGUAAUGUCAAAUAUUUUAUCUGAACAAAUGAAGCAAUAAUAUAAAAGUAAAUCUGUGUUUUGGAGAUAAGAAAAAGAAAAAUUACUUUAAUAAUUAUAACCAAACUUAAAUAACACUUAAUCACAAUAAAGAUCAAGAAAAAGUUAAAGAAAGAAUAAAUAUCGAUAUUUGGUAGAUUCUCUGUAUCAUUAAGUUACUCCAGAAAAUAACAAAUCUAUUUACAAUUAAUUCUAAAAUAGUUCCUAAUUAUAAUAACAAUAAAAAUAAUAGAGUUCUUCUAAAAAAAAUAUUACUAAUGAACUAAGUUUUUCUACUAUUAAAAAUAAAUAUUAAAAAUAAUUAGAAACAACUAAUAAUAAACAAAUUAUUUUUGAUCCAUUUGCUGAAUAAAUCAUUGAAUCUUUCUAAGAAUUAUAAAAAAAAAGAUCUGUCAAAAUAAAAGAAAUAGAAGACUGUUCAUUUAAUAAUCAAUAAAUUAUAAACAGUGGACGUAAAUUAAAUGUUAUUAAUAAAAUAAAUCAAAUUAGAGAAUUUUUAGAUUAAUAAUUAGGUGGAAACUAAGAUGAUACAAAUAUAGAUAUUGAAAAAGAUAAUUAAAAUUGUUUAUAUUCAGAGAGAAUUCUUAGAAAUAAAUCAGUUGAUUCUAAAUUAUGUUUAUAAUAACGUAAUAGCAUACCAAGAAAUUCUGUAUUAUAAAUAGAUGAAUAAAUUAAUAAGUCAAGAUCAUCAAAAAGUUAUACUACAUUAGAUGUUGGUAUAUAAGUUUCAUUAAUUAAUAAUAGUGAAAUCUAAUAAAAAUUAGAAAUUUAAAACUAAAAUAUUAUCUAAAAUCAAUAAAUUGGAAAAAAAUUAUAAUAUUAAGAAAACUAAUAAAAUGCUACAUAGAAUUAAUAAUUCUAAAUAUAUCAAGAAUAAUCAUCAUAAUAUUCACCUUUAUCGGAAUAGUUAUAUUCUUAGCAGCUUAAAUAAUCAGAAAGAAGAAGUAGAAAAAGUGAAUUUUAACAAAAGAGGAAAUCAUUCAUAAAUAUUGAAGAAAAGUAAAAUACUGUAACUUAAGUGAUUGAUUUAAAAAACGAUUAAGAUAAUAUUUAAACAAAUCCCUAAAUUAACCUUAAUGAAGAUCAAAUAUUCUCACCAGAAAGAUUAUCUAAUAAAUUUAACAUUAAUUGUUAAGAGAGAGUUUCAGUUAAAUAAAAUAAUGAUCUUGAUUAAUUUGAUAAAUCAAAUCUUUAAAGUCUUAAUAUUUAAAAGAUUAGUUUAAAUAAUAAGGAAAAUUUUGAAGAAAAUUAUUUAAUUGUCAAGGGUGAAACAAAAAAAGAGUAAGAAGAUUCUAAUUCAAAAGACAAAGAAAUAAAAAAGUAAAGAAAUUUAAUACAGAUUCCAAAAAAAAUAAAUAAUCUGAAUUUAUUAAAAGUAGAUUCUGGUGGAGAUUUUUUGGGUCAGAUAACUUCUGUUGAUUCAAAUAGAUGUAAUUAAAAUAUUUUUAAAAUUUUUGAAGAAGAAACAUCAUUAAAUUUUAAAAAUAUUUUAGAAAAAAAAUAAUAAUAAGAUUGUAAUUUAGUUAGUAAUCAAUCCUUGCUUUCAAUUACUGAUCCUACAAUAGUUUAAUAAACAAAUCGAAUAUAAUGUACAGAAUAAAUAGAAGUUCCAUAAUCAGAAUAAAGAUUUAUUGAUAAUGCUACUGUGAUUACUGAUGGUAACUUAUAAUAUUCAGAAGACACUCCAAAAUUAAGAAUUAUAACUUAAAUGAGUAAUAAUCAUUAAGAUGAAGCUAAAUAUUAAGGAAAUUCAUAGAUAAUUGAAGAUAAUUAAUCUUAAAAUGUAAAGUAAGAAUCACUUUCAUAAUAACAAAUAUAAUCAAAUAUCUAAAACUGUAUGAAUUCUUAUUCUUUUGAAUAAUGGUUGUAAUAGACUGAAAAUUAAAAGUAAAGUCUUAAUUUUAAUAGUCAUUCUCAACUCUUUUAAAAAUAAAAAUGUGAUCAUAGUACUUAAAUUAAUAAAAAUGAUUCAGAUUCAGAUGAAGAAAUCUAAUUUAUUAAAAAGAAAUAAUAAUAAUUUCAAUUAAACUAAGGUGUAAUUCAACUUUUUAGAAAUAUUUAAUAAAUUAUAAAAAUUAGAAAAAUUAAAUCAUUUUAUGAAAUCCGUGAAUAUUCAUUCACAGAUAUAUAAAAAUAGUAAUAAUAAUAAUAAUAAUAAUCAUAAUCAUUAACAUAUCAAUAAUAGUUGUAUCAGUCUCCUAUUAUAUCUUAAUAUUCAUCUCAGAUAUCUUAUAAUACUUGUUCAACCUAAUUAAAAUAAAAUUAAAAUGUAAGCCAACCAAUUUAACCUGCUUUAUACUAAUUAGAUUUAGAUUUAUUAAAUUAGACAUCGAGAGAAUAAGCAGCAUGCGAAAAAAUUUAAAAUUUACUUUAGAUAAUCAAAGAGGAAACUGGAUCUGAUACUUUAAGAUUAAUUCAAAAUAAGUAGGUAUUGAAUCCUAAAAAAAAGUAUAUAGAGAAGAUCUAAUAGACAAAAAAUCAAUCUUGUUAAUCUGAUAAAUAAAUGAAAAAUUCAACUUCAUCAUAAAAAUAUUUUGUAUCUUAACUUAAUGUUGAACAAUUAAAUAAUAGAAUUAAAGUAAAUUUAAUUUAAGAUAUGGAAUUAGAAUCUCCAAAAUAAAAACACACUGAACAUGCAGAAUUAAAAGAUAAUAGUAAUGUUUUAAUUUAUUUUUAGGUCCUAUUGCAGAACCGAUGGAAUUUUAGGAAGUAUAAACAAAUGAAAAAUAAAAAAGAGAAAUAAAAGAAAUUAAUUAAUCAAAUAAUAAUACUAAUGGUCUUAAUAAUCAAUGUAAUGAAUUAAAAAACUUUUUUGUUUUAUCUAAUCAUAUUGCCAGUUAGAAAGCUAAAAUAGCAAGAAAAUUUCAAUAGAUUCAUUAUAAAUCAGUAGGUUAAUCAAUAGCUAAAAAAGAAAAUUUAUAAAUUUGA